AUGGUGACCUUGUUUGCAAAUACCUUCAAGGCACCUUAUUAUGAGCAUUUAAUGGGUAGCUCCUCUCAGCAUUUCUACGAUGCGGUGCGCAUAGCUGAAAGGAUAGAGCAAGGGAUUAAAGCUGGGCGUAUAGCUGAGCCGUUGGAGAAGAAGGGUUUUAUUGGAAGAAAGAGGGAAGGUGAUAUUAACAGCUUGGAAGGUGGAUACAAAGGCAAGAGAGUAGAUUUCCAUAAUCCUCAAGUACCUACCUCUCAAUUCUCACGCAUAAACUUUAACCAACCUUUUUCCCCUAAUCGAACAAAUAACCAGUCAAACUACCAAAAUCACUACCAAAGACCCCAUACAAGAUACACUUCAGAACAACUGUCACCGUUACCCAUGUCUUUGAAGGACAUGUACGCCAAACUGUUGAGUAUUGGACACAUAGCUCCUAUCCCUGCACUACCAUUGCAACCACCAUUCCUAAUUUGGUACAAGCCUGAGUUGACUUGCGAGUACCAUGCUGGUAAUCCCGGGCAUGGGAUUGAAACUUGCUACGCUUUCAAGAAGAGGUUGUUGGAGCUUAUUAAGAUGGGAUGGGUAUCCUUUGAAGACAAGCCCAAUGUUAAUUCAAACCCAUUGCCUAAGCAUGCCCCAAAUAGUAGUGGAAUAGGCAUGAUCGAAGUGGGAAAUCAAUGCAAGGUGUUGAAGGUGUCCAUGAAGAAGUUGUAUGACAUGUUGGUACAAUCAGAAUUUCUAAAGACAAAGGUGGAGAGCCAUUUGGAGGGAUAUGAUUACUGUGAAUACCAUGGAAGAGAUGGACAUCAUAUUGAGGAUUGCAUCGAGUUUUGCGAAAAGAUUGCAAAAAUGCUAAAAAUGGGGGAAUUGAGGAUUGAACCCAUGAAGAGCUGCGGUGAGGUGAGUAUGAUGGAAGGUCAAGAUGAGAUGACAGGAGUAUGUAGGAUCCAACAAAUAGCUAAGGGGCCACCAAGGCUAAUCUUGGUCAAACCUUCAUGCACAAAAGGAAACCACAAUGCCAUGCAUUACAAUUACGGUUAUGCCUCCAACGUUCAAACUCCACUUCCCUUGUUCCAAACUGAGAUUAGUGGUUUGACUCGGAGUGGUCGUUGCUUUACGCCCGAGGAGUUGAGGAAGGCAAAGGGCAAAGAAGUAGUAGAUCUUGACAAAGCACUAGAAGUUAAUAAGCCGGUAACGGAAGAGGAGUCGAAUGAAUUCUUGAAGUUGAUCAAGCAUAGCGAAUAUUGCAUAGUAGAUCAACUAAAGAAGACUCCAGCUAGGAUCUCCCUUAUGUCCUUGAUACUCAGCUCUGAGCCGCAUCGAAACGCCUUGCAAAAGGUAUUGAAUGAGGCAUAUGUACCCCAAGACAUUGAACAUAAAACCAUGGAGCAUCUAGUGGGGAGGAUCCAUGCAACUAAUUACCUGUACUUCACAGCUGAUGAGCUUGAUGCUGAAGGUACCGGACAUAACAAGCCUUUAUACAUUACGGUUAGGUGCAAGGACUGCCUCAUAGGAAAAGUACUCAUUGAUAAUGGCUCGGCCCUUAACGUGUUGCCAAAGCACAUGCUGGAAGAAAUGUCGAUCGAUGAAUCCCAUAUAAAGCCAAGUACUAUGAUGGCCAGAGCGUAUGAUGGCUCGCCUAGGCCAAUAAUUGGGACUUUAGAAGUGGAGCUAUAUGUGGGACCACAAAUGUUCCUAGUAACACUUCAAGUUAUGGAUAUUCAUCCUUCCUAUAGUAUGUUCUUAGGAAGACCUUGGAUUCAUACAGCGGGGGCUGUAGCUUCAUCAUUGCACCAAUGCCUGAAGUAUAUCAUGAAUGGGAUGUUGGUAACUGUCAAAGCUGAAGAGACAAUAUCCAUGAUAAAGAAUGUGGCGGUACCUUUUAUAGAGGCAUGUGAUUGCAAAGAUAACAAUAUCCAUGCUUUUGAGAUUGUGAACACUGACUGGGUGCCGGAGAACACGGUAUUAAGAAGGCCAAGGAUCUCAGAAGCAGCAAGGAUGGCAACUCAAUGCUUCUUGGAACGCGGGAUCCCAUUUCAGUAUAACCCUAUCACCGGGAUACCAGAAGGUGGUAAUUCGGCAAAGAUAACAUGUGUUGAUCAAAGAUUUGGGCUAGGAUAUAAACCUAACCAGGAGGAUCAUCGGUGGGCUGCUGGAGCCGAAAGCCUUGGUCAAGAACUGUCAAACAUGGGCAUAAAUACCUUGGGGGAAAACAAGGUGGAAGGAGAUGACAUGAAGACGGUAGCAAGAAAGGGAGAUGAAGCACUCCCACAACUGACAGUCUACACCAUAGAAGAAGUCUCCGCCAAGACCUUUGUGCCUAUGGAAGAAGAAGAGUGGGAUGAGAGCAAUAUCAGUGAAUUCACUAGGCUAGUAGAACAACAGGAACAAACUUGGAAACCUGCCGCGGAGGAACUCGAAACCAUCAAUGUGGGCAGUGAUCAGCUCAAGAAAGAGUUGAAAAUAGGUACCUUAAUUACUGCUGAACAAAGGAUAAAAAUGAUCACCCUAUUACAAGAAUAUGCAGAUGUCUUUGCUUGGUCCUAUGAAGAUAUGCCUGGUUUGGAUACAAAUAUUGUAGUACACAAGAUACCGUUGGAAGAAGGUUGUAAGCCAGUUAAACAGAAGCUGAGGAGGGCCCACCCGGAUAUCUGGAUCAAGGUUAAGGUAGAACUCGAGAAGCAAUGGGAUGCCGGCUUUCUAGAAGUAGUUAGAUAUCCACAAUGGGUAUCUAACAUUGUUGUGGUGCCUAAGAAGGAGGGGAAGAUUAGAGUGUGCGUGGAUUUUCGGAAUUUGAAUAAAGCUAGUCCCAAGGAUGAUUUUCCUCUACCACACAUAGAUGUUUUAGUGGACAACGCUGCCCGGAGUGCCACAUAUUCCUUUAUGGAUGGUUUUUCAGGAUACAACCAGAUAAAAAUGGCUCCGGAAGAUAAGGCAAAAACAACUUUUGUCACACCUUGGGGAACGUUCUGCUACAAGGUCAUGCCAUUUGGAUUGAAGAAUGCAGGAGCAACCUAUCAAAGAGCAAUGGUGACUUUGUUCCACGACAUGAUGCACAAGGAAAUUGAGGUGUAUGUGGACGACAUGAUUGCCAAGUCUAAAAGGGGAGAGGAUCAUGUUGAAGUUUUGAGGAAGUUGUUUGAGAGGUUGAGGAAGUAUGAAUUAAGGCUCAAUCCUGCAAAAUGUUCGUUCGGAGUUAAAUCGGGUAAGCUGUUAGGAUUUGUGGUAAGUGAUAGAGGUAUAGAGGUGGAUCCGGAUAAAAUAAGGGUCAUCCAAGCUAUGUCAUCCCCUAAGACGGAGAAAGAAGUAAGAGGAUUCUUGGGAAGGUUAAACUACAUUGCUCGGUUUAUAGCUCAGCUAACAACGACGUGUGAACCCAUAUUCCAACUACUAAGGAAAAAGAAUCCUGGAACCUGGAAUGAGGAGUGUGAGGAGGCAUUCAAUAAAAUCAAGCAUUAUUUACAAAGUCCACCUUUACUGGUUCCUCCGGUAUCAGGAAAACCUCUAGUAUUAUAUCUAACAGUAACUGAAGCAGCCAUGGGAUGUGUAUUGGGUCAGCAUGAUGAAACCGGAAGGAAGGAAAGAGCUAUUUAUUACCUAAGUAAGAAAUUCACUGAAUGUGAGUCUAGAUACACGGAGAUAGAAAGGCUUUGUUGUGCGUUGGUGUGGGCGGCAAAGAGGUUGCGACAUUAUAUGUUAUACUAUACCACUUGGUUGAUUUCAAAAGUGGAUCCUCUGAGGUAUAUUUGUAACAAGCCCUUUCUCUUAAGUCGAAUUGCAAGGUGGCAAGUUUUAUUAGCAGAAUAUGACAUAGUAUAUAUGACAAGGAAAGCCGUAAAAGGAAGUGCAAUCGCGGACCAUCUGGCCGAUAAUGCUGUUGAAGAUUACGAACCUUUGGAUUUUGACUUCCUUGAUGAAGAUAUAUUGUCAAUAGAGAAAGAAGAAGAAAAGACAGAUUGGUGGACGAUGUUUUUUGACGGUGCAGUGAAUGUAUAUGGUAACGGGGCCGGUGCGGUAAUAAUCUCUCCUGAUAAGAAACAGUAUCCAGUUUCGGUUAAACUACAUUUCGAGUGCACUAACAAUACAGCUGAGUAUGAAGCUUGUAUCCUCGGUUUAGAAGCGGCAUUAGAGUUGAAGAUAAAGAAGUUAGAUGUAUAUGGAGAUUCAAUGUUGAUUAUUUGUCAGGUUAAAGGGGAAUGGCAGACCAAGGAGGAAAAGUUGAGGCCGUACCAGGAAUACCUAUCCACGCUAGCAAAGGAAUUUGAAGAAAUUAGAUUCACCCAUCUGGGAAGGGAGGGGAACCAUUUUGCGGAUGCUUUGGCCACGCUAGCUGCUAUGACUACCAUUGAUCUCAAGUGCAAGGUAUAACCGGUACACAUUGACAUUAGAAAUGACCCAGCUCACUGUUGCUUAGUUGAAGGAGAGAUAGACGGACAUCCUUGGUAUUACGAUAUCAAGAACCUUGUGCAAAAUCACGAAUAUCCGGUGGGAGCUUCCAAAACGGAUAAGAAAACCUUGAGAAGGUUGGCUAUAGACUUUUAUUUAGAUGGAGAGAUUUUGUACAAAAGAUCAUUUGAUGGAACCCUGCUAAGGUGUUUGAAUGAGGCAGAUGCUAGAAAGGCAUUACGGGAGGUCCAUGAGGGGAUUUGCUCAACCCAUGCUAGCGGGCAUAUGAUAGCAAGGAAAAUACAAAGGGCUGGUUAUUUUUGGAUGACGUUAGAGAAAGACUGCAUCGACUAUGUCAGGAAAUGUCACAAGUGUCAAGUUUACAGUGAUAAGGUCCAUACACCGCCAGCUCCGCUGUUUAAUCUAAUAUCUCCUUGGCCAUUUGCAAUGUGGGGAAUUGAUGUAAUCGGUCCGGUUAACCCAAAAGCUAGCAAUGGGCAUAGAUUCAUCCUCGUGGCUAUUGACUACUUCACCAAAUGGGUGGAAGCUAAUUCGUAUGCCCAUGUAACACAGAAGGUAGUGAAGAGGUUUAUAGAAAAGGAUCUGAUUUGUCGAUAUGGUCCUCCGGAAAAGAUAGUGACCGAUAAUGCACAGAAUUUCAAUGGCAAAAUGAUAGUGGAGUUGUGUACCAAGUGGAAGAUCAAGCAUUCGAACUCCUCGCCAUACCGACUGAAAAUGAAUGGCGCAGUAGAAGCCGCCAACAAGAACAUCAAAAAGAUUAUUCAGAAAAUGGUAGUCACGUAUAAAGAUUGGCAUGAGAUGUUGUCAUUUGCUCUCCAUGCAUACCGCACUACAGUUAGGACCUCGACAGGAACUACCCCAUAUUCUCUGGUGUACGGUAUGGAAGCAGUGAUGCCUUUGGAAGUAGAAAUCCCGUCGUUAAGAGUGUUGAUGGACUCCGAAUUAGAAGAGGCCGAGUGGGCCAAAGUGAGACAUGAGCAACUGAACCUGAUCAGUGAAAAGAGGAUGGCCGCAAUAUGUCAUCACCAACUUUACCAGAAACGAAUGGCCAAGGCAUAUGAUAAGAAGGUUAGACCGCGGUUGUUUCAAGAAGGGGAUCUAGUAUUGAAGAAAAUAUUGUCGUUACCCGGAGACGAUCAAAGCAAAUGGGCACCAAAUUACGAGGGUCCUUAUUUAGUAACGAAGGCAUUCUCAGGAGGAGCACUGAAGUUAGCCAGAAUGGAUGGAGAAGACCUAGCUCGACCUGUGAAUUCUGACUCUGUAAAAAGAUAUUAUGCUUGAUGUAGGCUCCUAAAUCAAUAAAGCAAAG